AUGGCGCACGACGAUGUCUUCAACGAAGAACUUUGCUACCUCGGCGGCCCUACGUCUAGCAAGACUGAACUAAAACAAGAAACAGAACUGUUUCAAGUAAAUGUUCUUGAUUAUGUUUCAGCGUCAGAGCAACGUCUGGAAACCCUGCGGGCCGCUACAAGCGAGGAUCCAGCCCUAGUCCUCAUCCGUGAAUACGCACAGACAUCUUGGCCGGACAACAAGCAGAGAAACCCGGAGCCAGCAAGACCGUACUGGGCCUACAGGGAAGAAGUUCACGCUCAAGACGGGCUAGUCUUCCGCAGCAACAAGAGGCUGAUGGGACGGCAGACACGGACCCUGCUGCCGGUACCAACAGAGCACCUAGAACCUGAGACAAUACCCAGCAAGGAUGUUCACGACCGCCUUCAGGUGAUCCGGCGGCAGCAAAAGGCUUCCUACGACCGCAACGCCAGAAACUUGCGUCCGCUAAUGCCAGGACAACGGGUAACGACGUACGACACCCUCUAGAGAACCUGGAGUCCAGCUAUGGUACUAAGGCCAGCCGAGGCACCGAGGUCCUUGAUUGUGAAGACCGAAGACGGCCGUGAAUUGCGUCGCACACGAGAGCAUCUGCGGGA